AUGGCGGAACUUAAUUGGCGAUCAUCGGCGGUGAAAGCAAUAAAGCGCAUACAUGCACGUGUCUCGGAUGGUGCCAUGGAAAGCCGUGAUAUGUUUCAUCUCCAACAAGAGCUUAAAUCGCUGGAAGCGCAUUUUGAGCGUUUCAUGGAGAACCAUAAUCGUUUGGUUGGCGGAGCUACGUCCACCGAGAUGGGGCCACAUGAUGCACUUAUGGAAUCAGUAGAGGAGCUGUAUACUGCGGCAUGCAGCAGGCUUAAUCGUCUCAUCGCAUCGUCAAGGGUUGAGUCUAAUGUCGCUGACGGAACGCAGAAUUGCCCCACGACUUCUCUGGAUGGGCAUUUAGUUGACCUCAAAUUGGACCCGUUAGCUAUCCCGUUGUUUGAUGGAGACAUGUGUAAAUGGUUAGCGUUCAAAGAUGCCUUUGAAACACUGGUGCACAAUUCUACAUAUCCAGAAGCGUUUAAGUUGGGAAAACUUCGGCAGGCGGUAAAUGCGGCUACUGUUCCUUUAAUUGGUGGAAUAUAUUCAGGUGGUUAUCAGGAGGUUUGGAAGGCUCUCAAGGACCGCUAUGACAACAAAAAGCAGCUAGCGGAAAUACACGUAUCCCGUUUUCUUAACCUCAAACCAGCUACCCACGAGUCAUCGCAGUCGUUACUGAGUGUUGUGGAUACGGUUCAUGAGUCGCUGCGUGCAUUGCGUGUUAUGGACAUCCCUAUAAAUCAGUGGGACGCAUUGGCUGUACCAAUCGUGGUGGCUAAGCUUCCAGCGGUAACUAAGCGUGACUGGUGUAUGAGGUGCUCAACUACAGAGAUACCCCAGCUAGAAGAUCUAUUGAAGUUUCUGGAAAGACGUGCUCAUAGCCUAGCUCCUGAACCAUCGGUCUCACUAACGGCUUGCCGUCAGCAACGACCACUAAGGGCGCAUGUAGCUACCACGGAUGCCGCUCUGUGUGCUCAUUGCGGGUUAGCGCAUCGGCUUGCCAAGUGUCCAGCAAUAUUGGCUCUUAGUAUCGAGCAACGAUUUGAAGCUCUUAAGAGAUUGAAAUUGUGUUACAACUGUUUGCGUUCGAGUCAUUCCUAUCGUCAGUGUUCGUCUGGUAAUUGUCGAAAUUGUGGACGCAAGCACAACACAAUCCUAUGUCGAGACAAGGUCAACAACACAUCAACGUUUUCUUCUACAACUACGCCAGCCGUAUGCAAUAAGGUACCUGCGGAGGUGCCAACAACCACAACAGCAUGA